UUUGGAUUAUGCAUAUCUGUGUUUUCCACUGCACUGGAUCUGGAUGCAGGAUCUAGCCAGCCCAGAACUGCAGCAAGUCAGCUGGUUUUAUCCAUUUACCCCAUAUGGCUUUUUCCUCCCUUUUUCUCUUCUAUUUGUUUGAAUAGCGAAGAUGAGCAAGAGGCAGUCGGUCAGCUGCACAGUGAGCACAGGGGAGCAGGAGGACACACAGAACAGUACAGGCAUUUUGAAAUAGAAAUAUAAAAGGAGGAGAGGAAGAGGAGGAGGAAGAGGAGAGUCUGUGUUGUGUGGCAGAGUUGUGGUGUGUUCCUUGCUCAGUGCCUAGCAGUAACAUGGCUGUGAUACAGAAGAAGGAACACAGGGAGACCCCCAGCAAGAAGACAGCACCCCAAGAAGACAGAAAGGGUCUUUCUACCAGAGAUACUCUAGACAAGCAGAAAAAGGAGAGCAGAGCCGGGAGACGGGGAGAAAAAGGCAAUGAAGACAUAAAGCCCAAUAAAUCAGAGAAGAGGAGAGCAGUCAUCUGUGUCCCUGCCUCCAUCAAAUCAGCUGUGAUCAGUAACAACACAACCAGUCCUGUAAACGCAGCAGGGCCACAGGCGCUGAAUGUUGAUGACAGGCUGAGACUAGCGAAGGAGCGGAGGGAGGAGCAUGAGAAUCAGCUUGUGUCCAGAGAGCUGGGCUGGUUGGCUCGAGAGGAGCGGGCCAGGCGUCUUUAUGAGCAGCAGCUGGAGGUGAGGAAGAGGAGGCUACAGGAGCAGAGAGAGAAGGAGGAGAAGCGAAGGACAGCUCUUGAGCGGAGGGAGGAGCUUAAGAAACAGCUUGUGUCCAGAGAGCUGGGCCGGUUGGCUCGAGAGGAGCGGGCCAGGCGUCUCCAUGAACAGCACCUGGAGGAGAGGAAGAGGAGGCUGCAGGAGCAGAGAGAGAAGGAGGAGAGGAGGCGCACUGCCGUGGAGGAGAAGAGGAGGCAGAGGAUGAAGGAGGAGACAGAGCGCUAUGAGUCUGUGGUGAAGAAGACCUUAGAGAAGUGCCAGAGGGCCAAACAGAGACUGAGCCAGGGCUCUCGAGGAAGGAAGACCAACAACAAGAGCGCUCCUCGCAGCUCUCCCCUGACUGCCUGGGAGAGGGCUCUGGUCUGUCGCCUCCUCACCCCAACAUGCUCCUACCUAGCCAGGAGAAGGAGUCAUAGUUGUCAGUCAAGAGAAGAGGAAGUUGUCCAUGUUUGUCCCCGUUCAGCUUCAUGCCACUCCAUACCUGCCACUGCCACCAACUGUCAUAAAUCACCACACCGCUCUGGCACACCUGACCACCACCGGGUGCAGGCAGGCCUCCAGGCAGACUACCGCUCUGGCACACCUGACCACCACCGGGUGCAGGCAGGCCUCCAGGCAGACUACCGCUCUGGCACACCUGACCACCACCGGGUGCAGGCAGGCCUUCAGGCAGAUUACCGCUCUGGCACACCUGACCACCACCGGGUGCAGGCAGACUUCCAGGCAAAUCUCCGGGCAGACUACCGGUCCAACAUCUGGGCAAACUACCAGUUAAAAGCAGCACAGCAGAAGGAGAGUGAGAGGACGUUCAGGAGGAAUAGACAGCAGCCUCACAUACCCAAUGCUCCCGUGAAAAUGUUACCCACAAACAUACAGAGCAGAGAUGCAGUGCCCUCUCCAGAACGUAAACCUGUGAUCAGACACAAACCUGUGAUCAGACAGCCUCCAUCACAGCAGGUUGGGCUGGAACUGUACCCUGUUCCGGAGGAGGAUGGUCCUCCAGUCUCCAACCAAACCCUGUCCCCUGGGAACUCACGGCCCAGCCGGACCAUCUCUCCUUGGGCUCCAGUCCCCAAUCACACCCUCUCCCCCGGGAACUCACAACCAAUCAGAAUCUCAGCAGCAGCAUGGGACCAGGUCCAACCAUUCGUAGGCUCAGCAGAACCUCAGACAGUCCCCACACCUAGAACUGAGGGCGAUACAGGCCCCCUUCCUGGAGCCCCCUCCUGCYCCAGGCCGUCUGCUGGCACCAUGGAUCCAGAGGAGGCCUCAUGUCUUCUGGCCGAGAAGAGAAGAGAGGCCCGUCUGAGGAGAGAGAGAGAGGAGGAAAGCCUGCGCAGGGAGGAGGUAGAGAGCAGAGGCAGAGAGGAGCUGGAGCGCAGGAGGGCAGAGGAGCGAGUACGGCUCGAGGCUGAGGCCCAGUGGCUGGUAGAGGAGAGGAGGGAGGAAGAGGRGCGGAGACAUGCAGAGGAGGAGAGAGCCAUCUGGGCCACACAGGAAGCUGCUCUCCUCCAGAAACAGAGAGAGGAGGAGGAGGCCCAGGUCAGGGACAAGGCAGAGCAGCAGAGGCUGCAGAGAGAGAAGCACUUCCAGAAGGAGGAGGAACAACGGCAGGAGAGGAAAAAGCGACUGGAGUUGAUCAUGAGGAGGACUAGGAAGACCUCAACUGAAGACAAAAAAACGCCUGUCCUGAAUGGGAAGACAAACAGAAACCCCUCUCCAGAGGAAGCCCAACCAAAAAAGAACACUGAGCCUGUGAAGAACGGCAACGGCACUUUAGAAGAGGUCAACCUAGGGGUCGGGACGGGGACCAAGCCGACCAAUCUAGGUCUGAGUGGCGUGGAAGACAACAUGGUUCCUGUCGUGGCCUUCAAAGAACGCAGGUCCCUGCUAACUCUGACCGGCAUGGAGGAGAUCCAGGCCCAUCAGAGGGCAGAAGUUAUCUGAGUAUCGUACAGAUCAGAGGGGAGACAACCCAUCCACGAAUAUUUCCACAGCUGUGGCGUUUUUUYCCUUUUUUUGACAAAGAAAGGRAUAACUGCAGCCUUUUUCCUGCCCUGCACKUUUAGAGAGAGUAUGUGACRAGAAACAAACAUUUCUCUGGAGGACUUUCUGAUCUCGAAGGAGCACACCACCAUUUGGUCACACUUCUCUUUAAUCCAAAAUGGCACRAGCUGCAUUUGUCAUCACCAUCUACAACACCAGACAGGGGAGCUUGUUUGUCAUUGGAACAACUCUGAACAAUGUUUUAUCUAGUCUGUAAAUGAGGGUCCAUGCCUCAUAGCUGCAGAUUUAAACUGAUUAAAUGAGUAGUUGGAUAUAAUGGGCGUUAGAUACACAAUUUAUUAAUAAAAAUAUGUAUUCUGUCARUACAUUUUUAACUGUAUUGGCACUGAAUGUCUCCCAAUCAUGACUGAUGUUUUUAGCCAUGUGCUUKAGCUUUUCCUAACURUGCUGCUAUUUGAGCACUUUGCCUUCCAGUUAGUAGGAUAGUGGUGUGCUAGUUUCAGAGCAAAAGCUUUUGUUUUGAGUUCAAAUAAAGGCCACUUUCUGACUAUAAUCUAAUAAUAUUUCUCAAAGCUGCUAUGGAACUUGUGUGGUUUGUCGUUUUAGAGAACUAUACUCACUUGAGGGUUGCCCACUUCCAAAGUAUUUUGGCAGUUCCUUACUUGGAAAUUGUGCAAUCAUUUUAGAACACAAAUAAGAGUCUGAAGUGUAAAAUGUAAGUCUGUCUUUUAAAGUGUAAAAACAAAUAAAGCAAUGCACUGAUAAAACUA